GGAGCUAGCCGGGCGUAGCUCCCACCUCCUGCACCCGCAGCCUGCGGUCCCGCCCGCCUCCUUUCUUGUCGUCCCUCAUCGCGUCGCGGAAUCCCGGCCCUUGGCACUACUUACAUCUCUCGGGCUCCCAUGACGCCUUAGCGCCCACUUGCCGCAAAGCCAACCUUCACUCAUAGCGAGGCGGUCCCUUCCCCAGAAUGGCCUCUGCGUUGACCGACCGCACCUCUCGGUCCAUGAACACCUACACCUACACCAGCCGACCCCGGGCGCUGCCCUGCCAUCGCCGCCGUUACCGGGACAGCCUGAUGCAGCCAGAUGAAGAGCCUAUGCGUUAUGGAAACAUAAUGUAUGACAGAAGGGUAAUCCGUGGCAACACUUACGCACUUCAGACAGGGCUGCUGCCUGGACAGCCUGAUCCUCUACAGCUUCAGAAACAGCAGGAGGCUAAGAGGAGGGCUCUUGCCAGAAAACGAACCCAGGAGCAGCUCAGACCACGAACGCCUGAACCUGUGGAAGGCAGAAGGCAUGUGGAUGUGCAAACAGAACUUUACCUUGAAGAAAUUGCUGACCGCGUGACAGAAGUUGAUAUGGAAUGCCAAACAGAUGCAUUUUUGGACAGACCACCAACACCACUCUUCAUUCCUGCCAAAACUGGCAAAGAUGUGGCCACCCAAAUACUAGAAGGAGAGCUCUUUGAUUUUGAUCUUGAAGUUAAACCAAUGUUAGAAGUUUUGGUGGGGAAGAUAAUUGAGCAGUCUCUUCUGGAAGUAAUGGAAGAAGAAGAGUUGGCUAACCUGCAGACCAGUCAGUAUGCAUAUGAAGAAAUGAGAAAUGCUGAACUUGCUGAAGUUCAACGACUUGAAGAGCAAGAGAGACGACACCGAGAAGAAAAGGACCGUCGUAAGCAGCAGCAGUGGGAAAUAGUACACAAGCACAGCGAGACGGCACAAAAGAUCGCUGCCCGUUCAUUUGCACAGCAUUACCUGGCGGACCUUCUACCAUCUGUGUUUGGCAGCCUCAGGGAUAGUGGCUACUUUUACGAUCCCAUUGAAAGAGAUAUUGAGAUAGGAUUUCUUCCAUGGCUAAUGAAUGAAGUUGAAAAAACCAUGGAAUAUAGCAUGGUGGGAAGAACAGUACUUGAUAUGUUAAUACGUGAGGUGGUUGAAAAGAGGCUGGAUAUGUAUGAGCGUAAGGAGGACAAACAUCAGUCUGUGAACCCCGAUGAUGAGCGUGGUGGUUCUGGAGCAAUGAGAGAUUCACCAGUGAGCUACCACUUCCAGGAUCUAAGCAUGUCACAGACACAGAGGCCACUUCCAUAUGAUGAAGAGCUGGCCCAAGAAAGGAAGUUCAUGGACGAGAAAGAGCUCUUAGGGCAGGAUGAAGAAGAGAACUGAGGAAAUCCUUAGGGAAGGAAGAUGUCAUAACAGAGGGGAGUCAUGAAACCAACCAGCAGCCAAAUCAACAAUGCCAGCAAUCAGGUAAUGAUGCAUGAGGCCCUCAGGCUUAGAAGUUAUGUUGUAUUUAGUCAACAUGUCUUUGUCUAAUGGACUGGACAAAUCAAAUGUGAUCAAAUAAAAUUUAUUUUAAAUGAA